CUUUUGCUCAGGCUCGGGUUCGGCUCUCGAAACCUCGAGCUGCUCGCUGAGCCUCGACCUUUUUUUUUGACAGCCCUACACCGAUCCCUGCAUACCAAAGUCGGCGGCUACACCUGACUCAUCGAUCCACUACUGCCGCCGCCGCCCAUGGCCUCCGCCGCCGUCGCCGUCGCCCCCGUCGUCUCCGACCUCGUCGACUUCCUCAACGCCUCCCCCACCGCCUUCCACGCCGUCGAUGAGGCGAAGCGGCGGCUGAAGGCGGCGGGGUUCUCGCAGCUGUCGGAGCGGGAGGAGUGGGCGGGGCUCCAGCCCGGCCGCAAGUACUUCUUCACGCGCAACCACUCCACCAUCGUCGCCUUCGCCAUCGGCGCCAAGUAUGCUGCCGGCAAUGGGUUUCACAUAAUCGGUGCGCAUACUGACAGUCCAUCCCUGAAGCUCAAGCCUGUCUCCAAGGUAACAAAGGGAGGUUAUCUUGAGGUUGGGGUCCAAACUUAUGGAGGUGGCUUGUGGUACACAUGGUUCGACCGUGAUCUUACUGUUGCUGGUAGGGUGAUUGUAAGGGAGAAGAAGGAUGGUGCAGUGUCGUAUGCGCAUAAGCUUGUAAGAGUGCAAGAGCCAGUCAUGAGAAUCCCCACUUUGGCUAUUCACCUUGACAGGAAUAUCUCCUCAGAAGGUCUCAAGAUUAACAACCAGAAUCAUCUUGUCCCUGUGCUGGCCACAUCUGUUAAGAAUGAAAUGCAGAAAUUAGUGGCAGAAAAUGGUUCAGAGUCAUCUGAGAGUAAGAACACCAAGCAUCAUCCACUAUUAUUGCAGUUGAUUGCUAAAGAAGCGAACUGCAAGCCUGAUGAGAUAUGUGACUUUGAGCUGCAGUUGUGCGAUACCCAGCCAAGUACUGUAGCAGGUGCCAUGAAAGAAUUCAUCUUUUCAGGAAGGCUUGACAAUCUUUGCAUGUCAUUUUGUUCGUUGAAGGCCCUAAUAGAAUCGACUUCUUCUGAAGAAUCUCUUGCGCAUGAAUCUGGUGUGAGAAUGGUGGCUCUAUUUGACCAUGAGGAGGUUGGAUCUGAUUCGGCUCAGGGAGCUGGUUCUCCUGCCAUGUUAGAUGCUUUGUCAAGAAUCACAGGGUCUUUUAACUCUUCAAAUUCGAGGUUGCUAGAAAAGGCUAUUCAAAGAAGCUUUCUAGUAUCUGCAGAUAUGGCACAUGCCUUACACCCCAAUUAUAUGGACAAGCAUGAGGAGAACCACCAGCCUAAAUUGCAUGGAGGACUCGUGAUUAAACACAAUGCUAACCAACGAUAUGCUACAAAUGCUGUGACAGCAUUUAUUUUUCGGGAAAUUGCUGAGAGGCACCAUCUACCUAUACAGGAUUUUGUUGUUCGGAACGACAUGGGUUGUGGUUCAACCAUCGGCCCAAUACUAGCUAGUGGUGUUGGUAUUCGUACUGUGGAUAUUGGAGCACCACAAUUGUCGAUGCACAGCAUCAGGGAAAUGUGUGCUGUCGAUGACAUCAAGCACUCGUACGAACACUUCAAGGCAUAUUUCGAAGAGUUCACUGAAUUGGACAGCAAAGUUAAAGUAGAUUGCUAAGAUGAAGUAGUGACCAUACUGGAUCAGCCGACUGGUGGUGUUGCUUUGACAUAUCCUGUACUGUUGCAAAAUAAAUGAACAAUAAAUUGGGUUACAUUAUCUCGUCACAGGAAUCUCAUGGAGAAUAUAUUUUCUGGCUGUGAUUUUUAUCU